AUGAAGAAAUUUUUGAAAAAGUCCAAGGACGACGGCGACGACGACUCUAACCGCCGAGCCCUCUUCGGAUCUCGUUCUCGCGAUAAGAGCCCCAACCCGCAAGCUCAAGGGAAUAACCCGUACGCACAACAGAUCCCCGUCGACCCAUACACCAGAGCCAAGAUCAACGCGGGCGUUGCACCUGGCCCCGGUCCUGCAGGCGGUCCUGGCGGUCCAGGUGGUUACGGCGAUGUGAAGCACCCCGACGGUCCUGGCGCUACAGGCCCAGUUGGUAAUCAACAGGGCGGUUACGCACCGAAUCGAUACGGAAAUCAAGGCGGUUACGGUGCUGAUCGAUAUGGAACGGGACAGGACAACAACAGACCUGGUGGCGGAUCGCGAUAUGGCCCUGGUGGCUACGGCGGGUUAGGCAGCACAGAUCCUAAUGAUGAGGAUAGAGAUGCGCUGUUUGGAGGUGCGCGUGACCGUGCUCAGCAGAAUGGGCCGAGUGCAGGUGGACCUCCACCGCCCUAUAGUUCAGGCGGACCGGCUGGAGGUGGCGGUUACGGUGGUUAUGGAGAGGAGAAUGCACCUGGUUCAUCGGCAGUCUACCAAGACCGACAGUUGACUGCUGAAGAGGAAGAGGAGGAGGAAGUGAGUGCGGUCAAGCAAGAAAUCCGAUUCAUCAAGCAGGGAGAUGUCUCUUCUACCCGGAACGCUCUCCGUGUCGCGGCUCAGGCCGAAGAGACCGGUCGCAACACCCUUGCCCGACUCGGAGCUCAGAGCGAACGUAUCCUCGAUACUGAGAAGAGUCUCGACGUCGCCGCCAGCCAAGGACGUCUCGCCGAAGAGAAAGCGCGAGAACUCAAGACGUUGAACAAGAGCAUGUUCGCAAUGCACGUCUCGAACCCGUUCACCAGCAACGCCCGACGCCGCGACCGCGACGAAAAACUCCUCGAAACCCACCGCGCAGAACGCAACACUCGUGAGGGCACACGCCAAGAAGCAUUCCAAUCCAACCAGCGCAUGGAUCGCACAUUCAGAGACAUCGAGCGAGACGCGAACAAGGCCUACCCGGGUCAAAAGAAAGAUAUGUCUGAGCGCGCAAAAUACCAAUUCGAAGCCGACAGUGAAGAUGAGGCGAUGGAGGACGAAAUUGACAAUAACUUGAACUUGUUGUCUGGAGCCGCGGCGCGGUUGAAUGGGUUGGCGAAGGCGACGGGUAAGGAGUUGGAGGAGCAGAAUCGUCAUUUGGACAGGAUUAUGGGCAAGAGCGACUACGUGGACGAUCAGAUUGCCAUGAACAGAGCCAGAUUAGACCGUAUUCGAUAA